AGAGAUCAGAGAGAGAGAAGCCGAAGGACACACAACAACCAGGCCGGGUGUAUGUGCUGCUGCCUGAGGACAUCCGGGCCCUGACACCGAGGGGCUUCCACCCCCACCCGGCAACAUACUGCACCUAUAUAACCAGUUAUGGAAACAUUCAGCGAGCUGAGCUUGUCUGAUGGAGAACUGAGAACACCUGACACUGAGAACAAGCUAUCUGUCCAUUCGGAAGACUCACCUCCAGAGGACUGCUGGGAUUUUUCUGUUGCUGUUGCAGGAGGUCCAGGUGUUGGUAAAACUGUUUUGAUACAGGCCCUUCUGGGUCUCGCGGAAAAUGACCAGCAUUCUAGAGCUACCUUCCUUCGUCAUAACCGGCCUGGUGGCCCAUUACUGUAUCUGCACCCUUCCCACCCAGGUCUGACUCUCUGGGAGCUGCCGUUGGAUGACGGGUCUCCUGAAAAGUGGAUUCCUGAGGCUGAUCUGCUGCUUCUGGUCACCGAUGGCCAGUUCUCACAGGCUCAUGUUGAUCUGGCUUGCAGUGCGCUUACUCAGGGGAAAAGAUUCUGCUUAGUGCGCACUAAGGUGGACUGUGACUUGCAUACCCUGAAGAGGAGGAUGAAGGAAGAGUACACCAGGGUGGAAGUGCUGUCAGUGCUACGUACGGUCACUCUGAUGCCGUUUGAUAGAAUGACAGAAAAGGAGGCUCUACCUCUCUUUUUGGUAUCUGGGUUUGAGCCAUGUAAACUGGACACUCCUGGUUUGAAGGCGGAAAUAGAGAAGACAUCAAAAGUGCUCGGCAGACCACUGUGCCUUGCCCAACAAGGGUACGAGGUGAUCGGCUAUGAAGAGAUUGCGGAGUUGCAGUCUGCGUUGGAGAGGGGAGGAAUUUCGGAGAUGGUCAGAUUCAUCCAGAGCAGUCUAGACUCUCUGUUAGACACACGGUUUGAUCUUGCACUAAUGGGUGGCAACCCAGGCUUCCGUCACUCUAUUCUGAAUUGCCUCCACGGGUUGACCAACGGGGAGAGUGGUGCGGCCCACGGUGGAAACCCCGAAAAUCCAAUUGAGUAUCCUAGUCUAAAGUACCCAAAGGCCAGCUUGUGGGACCUUCCUGGAAUGGAGAGCCUGGAAUCUCAGCCGAAAAAGUACCUGGAGAGUGUGCACAUCAGCCGCUACGACUUUACACUUCUGUUCCUCACCCCAUGGCAGGAGGCUUCAAGUAGUUACAGAUCACUGGUUCUAGAACUGAAGAAGGAGGGCAAAGACAGCGUCUUUAUCCAAGACUGUGAGAAUGAAGAGGCCCCACCAGGACCAAUAAACAAUGAAGUUUUCGUUCUAUCUCCUGCUAAAGUUCCGGGGCCUGAAUUUCAUAGGUUAUUGAGUCACCUAGAGAAGAGACUCUCCAGCCAGAAAUUGCGCGCAUUCUUCCUCUCGCUCCCAAACCUCUCAGCUGAAGUCAUACAGAAGAAAAAAGAGGCACUCUCCCAGGAGGUUUGGAAGGUGGCAUUGCUCUCCAGUCUGGUGGCCAGUGUACCGGUACCUGGAUUAGGCAUUGCAUGUGACCUCUCCUUACUGACUGCACGUCUGGACACCUACCGCCAAGAGUUGGGGCUGGAUGCUGAUUCGCUUGCCAACUUGUCCCAUAAGUGUGGGGUUCCAGUUCCCACUCUAAUGCUGGAGAUCCAGAGUCCUGCAGGGAAGGGGGUGACGCGUGAGCUUGUUGCGAAAUUGCUGGGCACAGCCACUGGUAUUGGGUUAGAAGUGGCAGGAGUGUUUUUGCACAGAUUUCCUCUCUUGGGCCCCUUGGCCACUGGCGGAAUUGCUUUCCACGCCAGCUAUUUAGUAUUGAGUCGAUGUUUGGAGGCCAUGUCUGAGGAUGCCCAAAGAGUUCUAGCCAGAGCACUAUCAUCUGCUUAGCCAUUAAAUUCCAUGAAUAAACCUUAUUGUUAAAGCAUUUAAUUAAUUCAAUUAAUAUUGCUGCUAUGUACUUUUAGCAAUGAUAAAGGAAAUAUGCCAUUUAGAGAUCUACUGUCAUCCACAGAUAAGGCUUCCAGAAUAUAUAUCCCAACUUCUUCAGUCAGAAGCAAAGCUGCCAACUCUACUUGACCACCACACAAUUAAGGACACUUUAUUGGGUGGGCUGUUAAUGGGUGAAACUCAUCAAAUGAUGGGCCUAAUUCAGUAAGGAUUGCAGUUUCUGCUAUAAAGCAGUUUCUGCAAUCAAAUAGUUGCCACCCAGAAAUAGAUAAAAAAACGGUCAUCGUAAAAAUUGCGAAUGCAUCGCAAUAUGCGGGCUGGUCGCAAAUUCAUAUGCAAUUACCGGAACAUCAAAGAUUUCUCUAACGUCCUAGU